AUGAAAGAUAAGUUCUACGGCACCAUUCUGCAAAGCGAGGCGCUCGCUAAGUACCUGUUGGAAACAAGUGCGUAUCCCAGAGAGCAUCAACAGCUAAAAGAACUCAGGAAUGCUACAGUGGACAAAUACAAACAUUGGAGCAUUAUGAAUGUGCCAGCUGAUGAGGGGCAAUUCAUUUCUUUGCUUUUGAAAAUAAUGAAGGCGAAGAAGACAAUCGAGGUGGGAGUUUUUACUGGCUACUCGCUUCUCUCCACUGCUCUUGCUUUACCUGAUGAUGGCAAAAUAAUAGCGAUUGAUCCAGACAGGGAAGCAUAUAAGACAGGAUUGCCAUUUAUUGACAAGGCAAACGUGGGUCACAAAAUAAACUACAUCCAAUCCGAUGCCUCCAAGGUCAUGAAGGAUUUGCUUGAAAAGGGAGAAGAAGGUAGUUUUGAUUUUGCAUUUGUGGAUGCUGAUAAGGAAAAUUACAUAAACUACCACGAGCAGCUGCUGAAGCUAGUGAAAGUGGGAGGAAUAAUAGCCUACGACAACACACUGUGGUCCGGCACAGUGGCAGCAUCCGAAAAAGAUGAGAAGGAAAUGACAGAGGGUUAUUUGAAAGCCUGCAGACGUCAUAUCAUCAAACUCAACUCCUUCCUUGCAAACGACCCUCGCAUCGAAUUAGCUCAUCUUUCCAUUGGCGAUGGGCUCACUUUGUGCAGACGUCUCUAA